AUGUCUCAUUAUCAAUUCACAUCAUUCAAUACUCCCACUCCAGAACCGGAGUUGGAGUUCGAUUCGAGGCCUAUGACCUCAUCACCGUCUUUAUCCUACCGUCGCGACUAUGCGACCGCUAAAUUCCAAGGUAGACCUAUGCUCUACCGCAUUUAUCCAGAACUAGGCCGUUUAUGCUGCCUUCAGGACGAAGUGAAGGACAGCAGCCGUCUGUUGCUGGAGAAUGGAGAAGGACGCGGCCAGCGUUACCUGGAGCAGCUGAAGGAGCUGCAAUUGCACUGCCACCGAGCAGCCAGAAUCCAUGAGGAGAAUAACCUCAUGGAGCAGCUAACCAAGUGGGAAUUACCCACGGAAAUCCCAGAUCUCUGGGCCAUUGCUGAAGAGGAGCAGCGCCGAGUCUGCUCGGCCUUGAAGGAGGAGCUGAAGGUGUUGGAGGAACGGGCCGCGCACGUGCGCCAAGUACUGGGAAGGUCAGCCAGGAGGACCUAG